UCGCAAAGAAAGACACCGUUAUCAAUGAUGGAGGAAUAUUGAUGACAAUAAGCCAGCUAUUCUUACAAAUAUUACUAUUUCUUGAACAAGUUAGCAAAAAAUAACUUUUGUUGGACGUUUUUAAUCUUCAUAGUAGUAGUAGUUGUCACAGGUUUCACAAAAGCAAAGGGUUUAAAAUGUCGGAAAYGCGUGUUUUGCAUCAACGGAUAAGCUCUGUCAUCAUGGACAUAUUCGCCUCCGCUGCGGUUACAGAGAUUUGUAAAUUAGUAGAAGAUUGUUGUGGAGCAUUACGUGCAGAAGUCUCUCAAAGCAAGGAACAAAUCAAAAUACUACAGAAGCAACUCAGCCUGGCUGAGUCGAGUUACAGGUCGGUGAGUUGCAAAGAAGGUCAGACGCCUGUCAGCAGCGGCUCACSGAUAAAUAACAAUAUUUCGGGAAAUUACCCCGCGGCCAAUGAAGAUGAUGCGGACGACACUCACGAUGACGAAGAUUUUCAGCAGUUCAUUGUCUCUGAAGUGGAGUUUCCCCCCGAGCAGCAGGAGUGGAGCCCCAGUCUGGGGAAAGAUGACUGGAACCCCAUACAGAUUAAAGAGGAACAGGAGGAAUUCAGUAUCAUCCAGGAGAAGGAAGACUCUGUAUUCACUCCUGCCUGGGUGAAAAGUGACUAUGAUCAGUACCCAACUCAGUCCUCACAAAYCCAAAGUGAAAAAGACCGAAUGGACUCGACUGAAMAGAUCAAAACAGAACCUAAGGAAGAUGAUUCCUCAGAGACAACCAGUGACUCUCAUCCCCAGUGCAAAUUGAAGAAGACAUGGACAGAAAAAGGACAAAGCUCGAAUGGUAGAAAAUYCAUGGAUCUGAAAUCACCAGUGCAAAGGAGUCACACAGAAGUGCAACCAUUUUGCUGUAGUGAUUGUGGGGAACGUUUCACUCAGAUGGGAAAACUGGAUGCUCAUAGGAAGGCCCAUACAGGAGAGAAACCRCAUAGCUGUGGUGAAUGUGGCAAAUGUUUUACUCAAGUUGGGUACCUGAACUAUCACAGAAAGACGCACACAGGGGAGAAAACUCAUCGCUGUCAUGAUUGUGGCAAAUGUUUCUUUCGAGUUGGUGAUCUGACGCUUCAUAUGAGGAUUCAYACAGGGGAAAAACCGCUUUGCUGCCAGGUCUGUGGCAAAUGUUUUGCUCGUCCUAGUAAUCUGAGGUCUCACAUUAGGAUUCACACAGAGAAGUCUUAUAGCUGUCAUUAUUGUGGCAAAUAUUUUCGUCAUAAAGGUAAUCUGACAGCACAUAUGAGGAUUCACACGAGGAAAAUCACAUCAUUGUCGCUAUAGUAGCAGAUCUUUCACCACUGGCGAUAAUCAGUGAUUUAAAGUAUAUUGCAGUCAGGAUUGUUGUAAAUGUUUCACUAAUUGUUAGAAUAUGCGGAGACCGAGGGGAGGAACCACAUGCUACCAUGACUGGCAAAUAUUUCAUAAUCUUAGGUCUUCUGAGAGCUCUUUUGUUUGAGACAUGGUUCACAUCAGGCAAUGCUUCAUGUGAAUAGCAAAUUCACAUUUUGGGAUUGUUUUUUUUAUAUUGCAGKGCAGCUCUAACCAACAUCUCCAAUCUCGUCUCAUUGAUUGAACACCAGGU